GGUCCUGCUGUCAAACACAGAUGAGAGGAGAUGAGAACACAGCGGCAGGUUUCAGGAGGGCAUGCACCGCUGUUAGAUAAUCGCAUUGCGGAGUGGACCAAUAGAAGCGCAGCGGCGAUCCGAGGACGAAGAAAUCAUUUUCAUGUAAUUGAAUCCAACUCGUCCAGAGCUGCCGGAGAGGCGACGUGCGCAGACCGGUGAUGCUGCACAGACACACGGCGAGCCUGCAAACUUCAGACUGGAUCUAUAAACUGUAAUAAAGCCGCUCUGGCUCCUGCUGUCCGUCGGGCUGGUUUCGGACACCCAGCUUUAUAAAGGAUAAUAAUAAUAAGAGCGAUUAUACAGUUAUGGAUUAAUCAGCGAGACGCGUCUUCAUUAAAGCAACAGGUGAGAACAUGCACGGGACAAACGACAGACGUUAAAGAGCUGAGGCAGCACACCUGCGCCCUGUAAGCUUCUCGUUGGCUCCUCCUCCUAACCUCCCGUGAACUGGAGAUACAAAUACCUCUUCCAUCCCGUCACACAUCCUGAAGCCAGCAUGCCCAUCAUCAGCAAUGCCAACCACGACUUCAGCACCUACUCCAUCAGCAGCGACGACAGCAGCCUCGAUCGCUUCUUCACAGAGAUCCCGGAGACUGAGACCAUCAAGGGCGUUUACUUCCAGCGCGCCCAGCUGCUUCGUGACCCCAAGGCCUCGUAUGUGGUCGACCAUACCCUGCAGGUUCUCAUCAAUGUCGGGGGCAACCGCUACACAUUCCCCUGGAGCACCUUGGAGCAGUUCCCCCAGAGCCGUCUGGGACGUCUGCGCUUCUGCACCACCCCCGAGGAGAUCGCACGACUCUGCGACGAUUACGACGAGACGUGCCAGGAGUACUUCUUCGACCGAAACCCUACAGCCUUCAGGGUCAUCCUCAACUUCCUGGCUGCGGGGAAACUGCGUCUGCUCCGAGAACUGUGCGCCGUGUCGCUGCAUGAUGAGCUUGACUACUGGGGCGUGGACCCGGGCCACAUGGAGCGCUGUUGCCGUCGCCGCAUGUCGACCCGCGUGGAGGAAGUGGCCGAACGAGAGCGCAAAGAAGAGGAGUGGAGGCAGAAGAGGGUGAUGCUGAAGAAAAGCAACACAGAGGCUGAAAAGGGCUAUCACAAACUGGCGUGGAUACUGAGAGAAGUGGUGGAAAACCCUCAGUCGGGUUUGGCUGGGAAGAUGUUCGCCUGCCUCUCGGUGGUCAUGGUGCUCGUCACCGUCAUCAGCCUGUGCAUCAGCACCAUGCCAGACCUCAGAGAUGAAGAAACCAGGGGCGAGUGCUCCCAGAAGUGUCAGAGCAUGUUCGUGGUGGAGUCCAUCUGUGUGGCGUGGUUCACUUUGGAGUUCAUGCUGCGAUUCGUCAACGCUCAGAGCAAGAUGGCCUUCGCCCGCGGCCCCCUCAACAUCAUCGACGCCAUCGCCAUCCUGCCGUACUACGUGUCUCUGGUCUUCGAUAUCAGGGAUGAGUCGCAAGAGGAUGUCAUCGUGGGUGCCGGCAGAGGCUAUCUGGACAAACUCAGUCUGAUCCUGCGCCUGCUGCGGGCGUUGCGGAUCCUGUACGUGAUGCGGCUGGCUCGCCACUCUCUGGGCCUGCAGACGUUAGGACUGACCAUGCAGCGCAGCAUCAGGGAGUUCGGCCUGCUGCUGCUGUUCGUCUGCGUUGCCGUGACCCUCUUCUCACCUCUGGUCCAUCUAGCAGAGAGCGAGCUGGCGCCGUUUGCCGCCACGCACCCGCAACACAGCUUCAGCAGCAUCCCGGCCUCCUACUGGUGGGCCAUCAUCUCCAUGACCACGGUGGGAUACGGCGACAUGGUGCCUCGCAGCAUCCCCGGACAGAUAGUCGCGCUCACCAGCAUCCUGAGUGGCAUCCUCAUCAUGGCGUUCCCCGCCACGUCCAUCUUCCACACCUUCUCCCGCUCGUAUCAGGAGCUGAAGCAGGAGUACGAGCGGCUGUGGAAGGAGGAGAGAGGCGAGGAAAUAGCCGCUGAGUCAGAGGAGAGUUGGGCCAAAGCCGAUUUGGCACCAGAUGAUUUCACGUCUGUGUGCAAGGAAGAUAAUGACGGGACUAUGUUAACCAAGAGUCAUAAAUCCACACUUCCAUCGACAGCUUUCUAAUGCACCAGGAAGAGAGCAGUCAGACACUUUCUGUCAGUAAUUAUGUGUUUAAAAUGGUGAUACUUGACAACAUGCGCUAUCCUUUUUAAGCACAUUUAGACUCUAAAGGACUGUUAUUUUGAAAGUUCUUGUCUGUUCAUGUUCUGGAUUCAUGCUUUAAAUAUAUUAUGCUUCCAACAAACUAUCUAUUACUUAUCAGGUUAUGUAAAGCUUGCUUUCAUAUCAGCAAAUACAUUGCAGCACUUAAAGGGUACCUAUUAAUGCCCAUUAUUUUCUGUCAUAUAUAAUUUUACAAUGUCGGAUGUUCAUAUUAAACUUAGUAGGGAUGUUAACGAUUAUCCAAAUUAAUACAAUCAGUUAAAACAAUAUCUAACUUUAAA